ACCACUAACCUUUAAAAGGCUGAUCUUAGAUAAAAGCUAAUCGCUAGUAUGUUGGAGCAGGAAAUGAGUGGAACGUGAUUGUGUGGGAUAUAUGCAAGAAAGCAAAGAGUAUGAAACUGGACCUGCACGGAGAAGAAAUCAUGAAAACUGGAUGGUAUGUGUGACUACACAUUACACAGGAAGGGUGACCAUGCCAUGAGGGUAUUAACAUCUCUCUAGCUGCUCAGUCCCAUAUGCAGCAGAUGGCUUCAGAUGUGGACAAGAUGUCAGAGCUGGAAGGUGGAGUUGCAAGUUCUUCCACGUUGACCAAUGAUAUCCAACGUUCUGAGAGUCCGGCCCCUGCACUGGCUCAAGGCACAGAACCAGGAGCCGGCCUGGAUGAAGCCAUGUUUGUGCAUGCAAGAUCUUAUGAAGAUCUCACAGGAGAAGAGGAGAACUCCGUGCCAGAAAGUCCUGGCGUCGAGGAUGAGGUGGAGCCCAGCAACAUGGAACAGAUCAGCCAGGACUUUACCAAGCUCAGCACCCAACUAAGUGUUAGCUCCUUGCAGGAUGAUGAGCAAAGCAAAGACGAGUCUUCAGAUCAGGGGCCAAGGGACAUUUCACAUUCUGUAAGUGGAGAGGAGGAUGGAGAUGGGGCUUUUAAUGACAUUGAUGCCUGGUUCCAGCACCAGAAACAUGUGUUUGUCAUAAGUGAGGCUGGGAAACCUGUGUAUUCACGUUAUCGAUCAGAGGAGGUGCUUUCCAGCACAGCAGGGGUGAUGAUGGCACUUGUGUCCUUCCUGGAGACGGAGAAGAACGCCAUCCGUUCCAUUCAUGCAGAUGGAUAUAAGGUGGUGUUUGUCCGUCGUUCUCCUCUAGUACUGGUCUCUGUGUAUCAUACUCUUCAGUCAGAGCUGGAGAUUGCUCAAGAGUUACUGUAUGUCUACUACCAAAUACUUAGUCUACUAACAGGAGCUCAGCUCCACCAUCUCUUCCAGCAGCGACCCAGCUAUGACUUGCGACGUUUACUUGCCGGCUCUGAAAGAAUUACAGACAGCCUGCUGGAUCUGAUGGAUAUUGACCCCAGCUUUUUACUGGGAGCUGUUCGAUGCCUGCCCCUUGCUCUUGCAGUCAGAGGUUAUAUAAGCUUUUUUCUUCUUCAGGCCAAAGCCAAGAGCCUGGUCUUUUCAAUUCUUAUGUCGAAGAACCAGCUGAUCAGUCUGGUCAGAAAAAAGGACCAAUAUCUGCACCCACUUGACGUGCAUUUGCUCUUUAACCUGGUCACGUGCUCAAGUUCCUUUAAGGAAGGUGAAGCAUGGACCCCAGUUUGCCUUCCUAAAUUCAACCCAUCUGGCUUCUUCCAUGCUCACAUUUCCUACAUUAGCCAGGACCCUGAGCUCUGUCUGCUGCUUAUUUCCACUGACCGAGAAGACUUCUUUACUGCAUCUGACUGCAAACGAAAAAUUGUGGAGAGUCUAGAGAAACAUGCAUGUUGGCCUCUAUUGAAAGAAUCUCUGAAAAAUCCCUUCUAUGAUGUUGCCAAUAUUGGGGUCCCAGAACUUAGGCAUUUUCUCUAUAAAUCCAAGAGUUCAGCUUUCUUCACCAGCCCAGCAAUGGAUAUCCCUUAUCAUACUGAUGCAGAGAAGAAGAGGCUUCUGUCAUUAUACCAGUAUCUACACAGCAAGGCGCACUGCAGUUCCCACCCCCUCAUUACCAUUUACCACGUGGGAUCCAAAGAGAACAUACUUGCCUGGGUUACAGAAGCAUUCGAACUCUAUGUCUGUUUUAGCCCAUUGGGGACAAAAUCUUCAGCCGUGAGUGGAGUCACUCGCCUUCUUCGCUGGAUUCGCAAGGAAGAAGAGCGACUUUUCAUCCUUAAUUCCCUCACCUACUAAAACCAUAGCUAUUGCGACUGUGAGCCAUGAAAACAUGCUACAGUAGAUGCUUUAACAAGUACCAGUAUCCAUUGCACCCGGAACAUCCAAUUCCAGCAUCGCAUUAUUUGGGUGAAGCAAUAUUUACAGCUCAUCUCGCCAUAUGGGAAUUUAUUUGUUCUUUUAGAACUUUCAGGCCACCGCGUUAUUUGGUAUAAUAGGGAUUUGGAUUUUAUUUUAGAAACAACUGUACAGUUUCUUUUAUAUUGGAGUGUGUACUCUAAUCUGAGAACAGAAAAUGUUAGUUCUAGGAAAGAUAAAACAAAACACUAAGUGUAUCUUAAACCUG